AUGGCCGCCGAGAAGUUGAUCGGUACGGUGAAGUGGUUCAGCGGCCAGAAGGGCUUCGGCUUCGUCUCGCCGGACGGCGGCGGAGACGAUCUGUUUGUCCACCAGACGGCGAUCCAAUCGGACGGUUUCCGGACCCUGCGCGAGGGCCAGCGAAUCGAGUUCGGGGUGGAGACCGGGGACGACGGCCGGAGCAAGGCCGUCGACGUCGUCGCCCUCGCGAGGAACUCCGGCCCCGGCGGUCGAGGCGGUUACGGCAGGGGAUGGAGGUUCGGCGGCGGCCGUGGUGGCGGUGGGGUGGAGUGCUACAACUGUGGGAGGAUGGGACACCUGGCCAGGGAUUGCUACCGCGGCGGUGACGGCGGGGGAGACGGUGGCUACAGGCGGGGCGGCGGUGGGAGAGGUCGCGGUGGCGGGAGAGGUCGUGGCGGCGGCGGUAGGGGAUGCUAUAACUGUGGGGAGGAUGGGCAUUUUGCAAGGGAUUGCUUUGUGGGGCAGAGUUGA